AUGGCGGGAAUCUGCUGCUAUGCAGGACCUUCACCAAUCCUGCAAGCCCGGAAAAUUAAUGGCUUCCGCUGCUACUCCAGGGCACCCAAUAACGUGAAGAAAGAAAAGCCCACGCCACAGCUCUUGAAAAUCGCAGUUAGUGGAGUUACUGAGCUUCUAAGGCUCUUCUCCUCCAGCAGCAAAAAUAGAAAGAGUACAUCAUUUUGGAGGAGAGGUUGUAUGAACUCAGGUGCCACUUCCAUCCAAAUCUGUCCCUCACAGUUUACAACAAAUUUUGCCAAAUAA